CCAGCCUCCCUUUGGGAUGCCACAUGUGAACCCGACCAUUGAGACUUGGGGAGCCGGUGAUUACACUCAGCCAUACGAGCUCUCACCUGCAACCUUGAAGAACUCUGGUUACGUUGGUGUCGACAACGAAAUUGGAUCGCCUACUUACUUCAUUGCCUACGAUGGAGUGAAUGGACCUGACGAUGGACAUGCCUGGCUCCAGAGCCAUCCUUUCUAUUAGAACUUGCUGUAGUUUGUCUGUAAAUGCGGUAUGUGCAAUGAAGCCAUGAAUUU